AUGGCUGUUGAAGAUUGGGAUGGUGAAGGCCUACAGAGUAGCCCCAAAGUGAAGUCAGUUGCUAUUAUAGGUGCUGGAGCUUCAGGUACUGUCGCCGCUGUCGCCUUCAAGUCAGAAGACUAUUUCGAUACCAUCAAAGUCUUUGAGAGGAGGGAAGCACCAGGAGGUACAUGGUUGUACGAUGAUAACCCGCCGGUGUCGCUCCAUGUCGAGCCUGGAGCUCUGCCUACCAGCCUAGACCGCCCUUUGGAGAUACCUGAAGAACUUCCUCAAAUACUACCACAUAACCGACAGGAGAGAUUUGAAUCAACACCAAUCUAUGAGUCCUUGAUCACAUCCGUUCCAGAGAUAGCCAUGUCCUUCUCCGAUAAGAGGUUCGGCCAGGGUCCCUUUGUGCCCCAUAGUAUUCCUCGGACGUAUCUCCAAGACUACUAUUCCCUCCACCAGAUGGAAGAUCUUCUGUUCCUCAAAACCACUGUCGAAGAUCUUAGCAAAGUCUCAUCAGAUGAUGGACAGUAUCGCUGGAGAUUGACGCUGCGGAAGUAUGAUGCUGUGCGAGACGUUGAUGAAUGGUGGCAGGAGGUCUUUGACGCUGUCGUUAUUGCCAAUGGGCAGUUCUCAGUUCCUUAUAUUCCAGAUGUUGAAGGCCUGGGAGACUACAUGCAGAAAUACCCCGGUCGCGUAUCGCAUUCCAAGACCUACCGCCGGCCCGGCCCUUACAAAGACAAGAAAAUUCUUGUCGUUGGAAACUCUCUUUCAGGUAGAGACAUAACAGAAGAAGUGACCAAAGUGGCUCGAAGGCCAGUCUAUAUAUCCAGGAGACACAAGUCACGUUGGGAAGGAUCCAGCCCUGAUGAACGUACGGAGUGGAAACCAGUAAUUGAGGAAUUCGUGGCCGAAACUGGGCAAAUACUGUUCGAUGAUGGCUCGUCCCUGGAUGAUAUCGAUCAUAUCAUCUACUGCACAGGAUAUAGACCCUCAUUUCCAUUUUGGAACGGUAAGACAAACGGGCAGGAACUAUACGAUUACGAAAAAAAGAAACUGAACGGAAGUUACCUACAUACUUUCUUUCAAAACUAUCCAACACUCGGUAUCAUCGGACUUGGUCAAUCCCUCGCAUUCCGAAGUUACGAGUACCAAGCUAUUGCACUAGCCAGAGUAUUUGCAGGCACGAAUGCAACCACGCUUCCGCCUCUGAAAGAGAUGAAAGAAUGGGAAAGAUCCUGGGAGGAGGUCUCUGAGAGAGAUGACGCGGACUUCCAUACAGUUCCUUUCGAGAACGGGCAGUUGCUAAGGUGGUACACUCAACUGUCGAAUAUUGCUGGGAUGCCGUUUUGUGGAAAGGGAAGGGUCCCGCCAGCGUUUACGGACGAGACGCUUUGGCAACUGCAGAACAUAAGGAGGCUUGAUGAACCGGGAAAUGGUGUCUUGGGGUACAAAAAAGAAUCGGAGGAGUGA